AUGGAUCCUAACGAGCAGCCCCCGAGCAUGCCCGACGCUCCCGAUAAGGAGAAGAUGGAGCAGAUCCGUCGGCGGCGUCUGGAGAAGCUCGGGUCAACAAACACUCCUCCAGCGGGCUCCGAAGAUGGCAACCAAGCAUCGCAGGCAGCUGCUCCUGCCAAACCUACUGCACCAAGCCCGUCCGGCGAGGCCAAAGAGAACGCGCCAGGUGUCAAGCGGACCAAGAUCAACAUCACGGCCGCAUCGGGCAAACAAUCGCCAGCAGCGGCAAACCCCUUCACACAGCUCGGUGUCGGGUCAACAGGUGGAUCGUCGCCCGCUCCAGGUACAAGUCUCAAGACGAAGCGCUCCUCUCCAGACCCAGACGUUAAUCGGCCUCCAGCACCCUCCAUACCGCCCGCCAAGAGGCACGCCCCGGAGUCCCUCGAAGACUGGUCCGAUAAGAUAAUCAGCCAGAUAUUCCGAGUCACACUCGACGAGAACCGGCAAACGGACUUACACGGCCGCAAGCUUGCCUUCUUGCCCGGGUUGGCUGGGGAAUUGCAGGAGCAAGAUCCCAGCGCGCCAUUACGAUUAUCAUCCGACAACGUCGAGCAAGGCAUACUGGAGGCCGCGAGUGGCUUUCCUCAAGAGAAGCCGUUGAUGGACUACAUGCUGGCCUGCUGGAAGCGGGUGGUACAGGCCAAGAAGAGUCUUCGUGCCCCAACCCCCGAGAAAGAGGCUGUUGUACAGGAGGUCAAGCGACUGUGCAUGAGUUACGCAAUAUUUGCCGUUACUCUGCCUGAUUUGUUCAGCCGAGAGCCGAACCCGAAACACGACACGCUCGUGCCAUAUCUUCUAAGGGACAUAGAGCAUGAGAGCGGGAUCUGCCUCGAGUUCAUACAAGAGGCUGUAGCACGCAUUCCAGACGACGAUUCGAUAUUGGACCUCUUCGUCAAAGCGAUGGUUGACAUUAGCACCCAGCUCUCGAAGAUGUCCAUGAAUGACGACUACAGGCCACAUGUGAAUGCCCUCAAAUUGUAUUCGAAGUUCCCUCCAUUACUAGACGCCUUGGCCAAGCAUCCCACUUUCCUCAUGGCGCAGUCCGCUCCGGGAAUCGAGAAGCACACCCUGCUUGGCCCCUUCUUCCGAAUAUCACCUCUCCAGCCUGAGGUAACCAAGGCAUACUUCGCUGGCCCUCGAACGCUGGAUCGUGGGGCCAUCAAAAACUCACAGAGCGCCUUGCAAGUCACGCUCAAUGCACACCAGUUUGACCUGAAAGACAUUGUCAACGCCUUCGUCCGAGCCAGUCUAGGCACUCGACACAAGCUUCUUGACUGGUUUGCCUACAUCAUGAACGCCAACCACAAACGGCGAGCAAUCCAGGUCAACCCUAAGGAGGUGGCCUCGGACGGGUUCAUGAUGAACGUGACAGUCAUUCUGGACCACCUGUGCGAGCCAUUCAUGGACACCACUUUUUCCAAGGUUGACAGGAUUGACGUCGGCUACUUCAAGCGGAAUCCACGUAUCGACAUCAAGGAGGAGACGAAGCUUAACGCCGACCAGUCUCAGUCAGAUGAAUUUUACUCUGAGAAACUGGAUGGUGAAUCGAACUUCAUCUCUGAGGUGUUCUUCCUGACCCUGGCCGCUCACCACUACGGCAGCGAGGCUGCGAACACGAAACUCAAGACCUUAGACAAGGACAUCAAGUAUUACGAAAAGAAUCUCAAGCUCAUGGAAGCAGAGCGCGUCAAGUUCGUGAACUCGCCCACACAGCUGAAUCUAUUUGACGCCAACCUACGCCGGCACACCGAGGUGCUAGAGAGGUCCAUGUCUCUCAAGUUUGCCAUCGAAGGUGUCCUGCUUGAUGAGAAGAUGCAGGGUAGGUCCCUUCACUUCAUGAGAUAUGUGGCGGUCUGGCUGCUUCGCGUUGCAAGUCAAACGGACUACAAACCAGACGGGCCACUGAAGUUGCCGCUGCCAAAGGAACAGGCCGAGGCCUUCAAAUGCUUGCCAGAAUACGCCCUUCAGGACGUCGUUGACAACUUCAAAUUUGUCUUCCGGUAUCUUCCAGGAAUCAUCUUGUCCGCUGUCGGCGAUGAAAUGAUUGCUCUCUGUGUUGCAUUCCUCGAGUCGUCCGAGUAUGUCCGGAAUCCCUACCUCAAGUCCACAUUGGUCACUCUUCUCUACUCGGGCACUUGGCCGAUGUACCAUUCCAAGAAAGGUGUCCUCGGUGAUACCCUGACGAACUCGAAGUUUGCCAAUGAUUACCUUCUUCAUGCUGUCAUGAAGUUCUACAUCGAGGCAGAGUCAACUGGGGCUCACACCCAAUUCUACGACAAGUUCAACAUUCGCUACGAGAUUUUCCAGAUCAUUAAGUGUAUCUGGACCAACGACUUCUAUAGGGACCAAUUAGCACGACAGAGCCGUACGGAUCGUCAAUUCUUCGUUCGAUUUGUCAACCUUCUUCUCAACGAUGCAACGUACGUGAUGGAUGAGGCUUUGUCCAAGUUUCCGAAAAUUCACGAGUUGCAGAAGGAGCUGAGGGAGAGCCAUGGAUUGUCGCAGGAGGAUCGCCAGAAGAAGGAGGAGGAGCUGCACACAGUCGAGGGUCAAGCAACAUCAUACAUGCAACUCGCAAAUGAGACGAUUGCGAUGAUGAAGCUCUUCACCAAUGCCUUGAGCGAGUCUUUCACCAUGCCCGAGAUUGUCGCGCGUCUUGCAGGCAUGCUGGACUACAACCUCGACACACUUGUCAGCCCCAAGAGCCAGAACCUGAAAGUGGAAAACCCGGACAAGUACCACUUCAACGCGAAGACGCUUCUGCCAGAUCUCGUGGACAUCUUCCUGAAUCUGGGGAAUGCGCAAAGCUUUGUGGAAGCUGUAGCAGCUGAUGGUCGGUCAUACAGGGCGGCGACUUUUGACAGGGCGUCUGACAUUAUGACGAAGAAGGCGCUCAAGGCCCCUGAGGAAUUGGCCGCCUGGAACGACCUGACCGCUCGGAUUGCCAAAGCGAAGGAGGAGUUUGACCAGGCCGAAUUGGACUUCGGCGACAUCCCCGCCGAGUUCGAGGAUCCACUUAUUGGCGACCUGAUGAAGGACCCAGUCAUUCUGCCGUCCCAGAACGUCGUUGACAGAUCUACAAUCAUCCAGCAUCUCCUCUCGGAUGAGAAAGAUCCGUUCACCCGGCAGCCGAUGACGAUAGACGAUGUUGUCCCCGCGGAUGACUUGCGGCAGCAGAUCGACGCUUGGAAGGUGGAGAGGUUGGCCGCCGCAAAGGCAAAGGCGACUGAGCCGAUGGACACAAGCGAGGGCUGA